AUGGCCCAAGACUCUACGACCCCGGAACUCUCCUCCGAAAAACGAAACACUUAUUCUCCUGCAACUGUGCCCCCCUCUGUGAUUGAUACACUGAGACAAAAGGCCUACGACAAAGCAUAUCAAACAGCAUGUUGGCACUCCGAUCGUUAUAUGAGAGAAUAUAUGAGUGACUUUGAACGAAUCCGUACUUAA